AUGUUUCGACAUAGUAAGCGAAUGGUGAUCACCUUGGCCAUAGCCAGUGUUCAAACUCAGGCUAACUUCGGUCGAUUGAGCGGGUCCGAUCUUUUGUGCCACGUAUCGAACGCGGCCGUUGGUGGUUUGUCGUCCUACGCCCUGGUUAUCAUGCUCAUUCACUACCUGCAACAACGAGAUCAUCUGCCCGUAUUGCAAGAGCUUUACGAGACACCCGAGAAACCUGUCGUUUCGGUUAACGGCUGGAAUGCUUGGUUCCAGAAUGACAUGUCCGUGAUCCAUCGGUUGUGGAAACCUCCGCAGAAUAAACUGUCGUUGGGCGAGUUGUGGCUUGGAUUUUUCGAAUACUACCUUUCGGAAUUCAAUCAUGAUCUCUACGUGGUCACCAUACGUCAAAAAGCUCUGCUGAAACGAUUCGUCAAAAUGUGGUCUUCACUUUUUGCGAUCGAAGAUCCCUUCAAUUUGGAGCACAAUUUGACCAGUGGACUUCACCACGAUUGUGAGUGUGAUAUCUCCCUGUUCCACAUUAACUGUAUUCCUUUUUAUGUUUGGUAUUAA